CUGGAUGAGAGUCACCUGGGUCCGCAACGCACUACUCUCACAAAACGUCUGACCGAGUGGAGACUGGAGGAGGACUUUGUUUCGUUUUUCCUCAUUCUCCUAAAUAAGAGGCAAUUUUUAUUUCACACAGUUCCUGGGUUAGAUUAAAGAUAAUCCAUUUGAUCUCUGCCGGAUGGGAUUUUUUUUCUACACGAAUCAGAAAUAUUUGGAUGCAAAUUUAUUUUGAGGUGGAUUACGUGUGCUUUCUUUUAAUCGGAAACCUUUUCUUUUUCAUCUUUUUUUUUGUUUGUUUUUAAACUCCGAUGUUUUUCAGCGCCUGCUGCGUUAGAAAACCAGAGCCUGAUAGUGGAAGGAUUAGAUUAUUUUUUUUUUAAUCUAAAAUAAAAAAGAUGCAACUCGGCAGGAUUGUGUAUUUCACGCUAGUAUGUCUCGGUUCCUAUGCUGCUGUCAUAGCUUCAGGUUGUUUGGGAAAUGAGUGCAAUUUAGGCCAGACACCUCCAUUUCCUCCGCUGUCCCCCUCUGAGGUCAAAUCCCAGCAGCCCUCUCAAGAUCCCCUUGAUCAAUUUGCCCAGAUUAAUUCGCCAAACAAUGGAGACCAUAAACACCGUGAUGCCAACGCCGUCAUGCCUUUCAUCGGCCUCACCAACACUGCUGAGCAGAGCCGCAGCUGCUGUAAGAAUGGAGGGACCUGUAUUCUGGGCAGUUUCUGUGCCUGUCCUCCAUUCUUUACUGGUCGGAGCUGCGAGUACAACCAGCGUAUCAGGCACUGCGGUCUGAUUCCACAUGGUGAAUGGGUGCGGAAGGGCUGCUCAUACUGUCGUUGCGGUUUCGGUUUUCUGCACUGUUUCCCCCACGUCUUCCACAAAGACUGCGAUGACUCUGAGGAAGUGCAGUGGUAUCAUUCGUCUGGUGUCAGGACACUUCAGAACAACUGUAUAUUGAGUCUGACACUGCUUCUACUGUUUCUCCUCCUAUGAUGAAUAAAUAUUUUAAGGCAAAAAAAAACAACAAUACAUCUCCAAAGAUAGUCUGAGCUCCAAAUGUGUUUAAAAAGUAUAUAUUUAUUUUAUUCAAAUGAAAUGUUUCAUAGAAGAUACUGUAGAUAUGUUUCUGGGGGAAAAAAAAUGAAAGCCAGACGUUGUUCUUCAUGAGCGAACUCUUUCAAACCCAGAUGAGUAGCCAUAAAGUUGAGCGACUGUUGUGCUUUAUGGCCUAUGGAGAUGCAUGAUGAUGCUGACACUCUUUUUCAGCAGUGACUGCUAUGUGACUACAUCAAACAAAAAACAUGUUAUGAAAUGCUCGUCGCUCUCGGACUUCAACAUUGAACAAGAAUGAACAAGCAUGGUUUAUUUCUACACAUCCAACCACAAACCACCCCUAUUUAUUCAUGUUAUUUCUGUGUCUUGGAAACAACUGUACAUAAAAGCUUCAUAAAAAUAUAAUUUUUGGAGGGUGUUUUUAUUUUUGAGGCUACUGUUUAAUGAAGGAUUGUGGCUUCUGUUUGCACAAGGGAUGAGUUGUUAUCCAGGGAAUAUAACAGGGUAUUAACUUGU